CGAACUUUCUGAAGUGUGCGUUACUGUUAUGGAAAGUGUCGUAGCCUCAGUUUAUAAUUCCUGGCGCGAUGUUGCAUUUGGUGACUUACAAAAAACCUUGGAGUCAGUAGCAUGUGAACUGACCUCCAAUCAUGAGAAAAACGAUAUUUCAAGGACUAAUUUAGUAAAUCAGACUAAAGAGUUCCGAAAAUCUGCCUCCGAGGAUGUACGUAAAUAUUGUUCGACAGUUAUCAAGUGUUAUCAAUCGGAAUUCGAUGCACUUCAGAAGAGGUGUAGAUAUGCUGAAGAAGCUUACCUUUCAAUGUACAAACAACUUAUUGAUCUCCCAGAUCCCUUAUUCGCACUUGGAGAGCUUCAAUCCUUACAAAAACGAGCUGAGAAAGCUAUAGAAUUUGAGUUCGAAUCACGAAAAUACAAGGAAAGCUGUGACGAAUUAAAAAUAAAAGUUCAGGAGCUCAAAAAUUACGGUAUUUCCUGAGUUAAAAGUUUAUUUUAGAACGCGAAAAUAAACGCUUGCAGAAACGUCUUGACGAGUUGACGGUUUCUUUGGAAACUCAAAUCCAGCUGAACAGUUCGAAGAUAGUGGAUGAAUAUCAAAGGAAGUUGGAUUUCAAAGAGCAAGAGUUUGCCAUCUUUAAAGUUGAAGCAGAGGAAAAGCUUGGUAGCUUUGAAUCUAAAAAUAUAGCGAUUUCCAAAGAAACUUGCUUCUGCUGAAGCAGAGCUGGCCAAAUUACGUGAGGAUCAUGCGGACAUCCCAAAGUUACCCAUCGCAGACAUUAGUCGACUUCAGUGUCGCAUUGAAGAGCUUGAAUUUGAACUGUCCAGUUGUUCUCAACAAAAAUCGUCAUUACUCGAUCAGUUGGAAUCGCUCAAAUCUUUAAAGUCAUCCAACGAAAAGAAUCUAGAAAAUUGUAUUCAAGAGCUGCAAACAACAAUUUGUCAGACUAAAGCUUCUCUGGAAGUGGCUAAUAUUAAAAUUGACAAUCAAUCUGAUUACGAAGAAGUGAAACGCGAACUAUCUCUUUUACGCUCAAUUGAAUUUCCUGAAAAUGUUCAGCCAAAUGAAUCGGAUAAUCUUAUUCAAGACGAUAUAUCUAAUCGUGCUCCAUUGGAAGUACUUAUUUUAAAAAAGAAUAAAUCAUUGGAGAAUCAGUUGGCCGAAGCAAACACUUUACGUGAAAAGUUACAAAUUGAACUUACUCAAGUCCAAUCAAAUGAAGUUGAAGCCAAUCAACGAAUUAAAGAGCAAACAGAAUUAAUAAAAUUGUUAGAAUCUGAUCUUUAUCGUUUGCAGACAAAUUUGGAUGAAUCAUUAAAGUUAAAUGAUUCAAGGAACCGGUUGGAAGGUCACCAUCUUGCAGAAGUUAUCGGUGACCAAAAACCAAGUCAGUGUAAGUAUCAAUAGUUAAUAUUAUUGUUGUUAGAAAAUUUCGUGUUAUUUUAUCUAUAUUGUAAAAAUACUUUUUUUCUAUCCAUUUGUACUAUUUAGAAUAACACUUAUGAAUAGUUAGCUUGUAAAUGCCAUAAUAAUGAAUUUAUUGUUUCCCACCUACUUAUUACUAAUCGAUUGGUGAGGUAGUAGAUCUUUAACGAGUGAUACGGUUGAGAUGUGUGGCCAAUCGUUCCGUACUUCAACACAUGGUAUUUACUGGUUUAGGAGUCUGUGGAAGAAAUCUGGUGACCAAACCAAGACGUGGCAUCAAUCCAUCAAUUCAUUGGUUGUAGGUAUGAAUCAUGUUGACAGGUGCAUAUUACAUGGUUUGAGUCCUUUUGAUUAUCGUAACUAAUGGUUAAGGACGUUGUGGGAUGUGAAUCAGGAUUGGUUCCAAUGGGAUAAAUGCAUUCACUCUUCGUUUCCCUCCAGAUCUUAGGUUUUAAAUUUAUCUUAUACUUUUCUGUUCCACGGAUUCAUUCUCGAAUCAUAUUGUUCAUUAUUGGUGUUUCUUACUACUAGUGAGUCCGUUAAUACUGUUAUGUCUCUGGAAUUUGUUAGUGAUCUCACCUCGUUUCGCUGAAAUGAUAUGGCAGCUUGCACUGAUGUUUGACAGAUUCUCUGUUGCAUAUAACUGGCUGACGUAUUGCAAAUUACAUACAUACUAUGUGAAAGGCUAUCAAUCUUUUUAAGCGUUUAAGUUAAAUAGUUAUUCUCUCUUUAAUAUACCAACGAUUGAGAACACGAGUAAACAUGAGAGGGUUUAUUUAGUUCUACUAUCAGUGUUGAUACAGUCGGAAAAUGAGCUGAUAUAUUUAUGGAGUAAUUUAGUGUCACUUGGAGUACCAGCCAUUGAAGCAUUGUUUUGUGAAGUUGGAUUUCAGUUUGCUCAUAGGAUCUAAGGAUUGAUGAUGGGAGAUUUGUUUUUAUUUUGCGCAAAUCUGAACCGACAUAUUUAAUGACUGUUUCUCUCUAAACAUAUAAAUAUGUUUUUAGGGGUUUACUAACUUCGGUAAAUUUAAAAAUAAUUAAGUGGUUUUUCACAUUUUAAUUGUUUUGCGAAGUAUUUUGGAUCAUUUAUCUAACGUUGUGGUGUAUUAACCACAAGUCAGGAGCAGGUAGUACUAAAAAUAUUUAUCUUUCGUUCUAUCAAGCACUCAUUUAUUGCAAUAUUCUUCCCAAACAUAGCUGCUAACGUGACGUAAUGGCUAAAAUUGCUUAUUGCGAUAACACAGUCGAGUGAUAUUGACUUGAACACUUGUUCUUUUAGGUACUAUCAUUCAGAGCAGGUCGGUUAGAGAAUGGUUAAACUGAAGGAAGCAAAUUGGGGUUUGAAGGCGAAGUCACACUGCCGGUGGUACUGAGGUGUGGUGGAAGUGACGUGUUUUCCUCAGACAGCUAACAUUCACACCGAUGCUACCUUCCCAUAAUUGCAGAGUUUAGAAAAUUCUGACCUUAAAAAUAAUACACCCCACCUUAACCUAUGGAUUUAUGUUGCUGGUAGUAAGGCCUUUAAAAUAUGGAGCUAAUAUAUCAAGAACUACUGACAAAAUGGUCACAUGAAAUUAAGUUUAAACAGUUGUUCCUUGAGCACUGUUUUAGCGUUCACGGGUCACCAAGAUCGCUACAAGUUUAGCGUUCCAAGAGAACUUUCCGGAUGUUUCGAAAGUAUUGUUCCACGAUGUAGGUAACUGUUAAAUAACAACUUCGCACACACUUAUAACAGCAGUACUAAACUGAUCAAUAUGUCCAUAGAAUCUAAUGUAUUCACUGCUUUUUCUUUAAUUGUUAAUACAUUCAGAGAUUUUUGAUUACAAUAAUGAAUAAUUUGCUUUGUAUAGUAAAGCUAACUUGGUUAGAUUAUAAGGUUUUAUCGAUUAGUUUAUUUAGUCUUGGAGUGUUUAGUCCUGUUAUAUCAUUAUCAUCGCCAUUCAAAUGUCUAAAUACUUGCUUAUUGAUGACCUUUAUAACAUAUGGUGCAUAUUGUUUCAGUGUUAUUAACAUAUCUUGCUUAACGUGUUGCUCCUUCAAUAGCGCAUUUAAUACAUUAUUUUCUCGCUCUCAGUUCAUUACACAUUGUAGACCAUCACAUUUAACUAUACCAAAAAUGUGACGGUAUAUUAUACUGUACAACUAAAACUAGGCGUCUUUAUUGUACAUUAGUUAAUGUACGUUUUCUUUUUGAUCAUUCACUACACACUUUUUGAUAUGAUUCUUUUCUCAAUGACAAAAUUAAAACUUUUUCCAUUAUUGGCUAGGAGUUUAAAUUAUUUACAUUUGACUUCAAAAACUACACUCAUCUUAUUCUCGUUUAUUAUUUUCAUAAUGUUUAUAGAUAACAAUCAUCAAAGUGAUUAUGUUCAAAGUUCAUUUCGAACAGUUGAUUUUUUUAAAAACACCUUAAUUUACCAGUUACAUAUAUGACUCCAUGUGGUAGAUUGUAAAGAGCGUCGAGAUUUAGUUCUUGGUUCCUUAAUCCAUCCAACAGUUAAAUAUACAAAUCAUUAGACUACAACGUUAAAUUAAAGUACUUGCGGUAACUGUUCUUAAUAACUACUGUUUGUCAGUUUUGUUACUUUCAAUUUCCAUAUAAAGAUUAAUGGCUAACUUAGAACCUGAUAGUCUCAUGUUCAUCUUUAGACUUUAUUCUUCUCAAAUCGAGUCCAUUUAAACUGAAGAGUGGGAUUUGUAAAAAAACAUUAGGUUGACGUUAUUCAGAAUCAGUCACAAUAACGCAAAUCCAUCAUUCUUUUUUGCUUUACCUUAAAUUUUUUAAUACGUCCCUUUUCAUUGUCUUUUCGAACUAAAUUCCCAAUGUUCACUCCUCAUUAUCAUGGCUUUAUUAUUAUUUGGACACAUAGAUAUCGGUACAAGGAGGCACCAGAUAUAUAUGCGCUACGCGAAUCCCAUUUGAUUUGUGUAAAGGCUGUGAUAACGCCCGGGUGCCCAAACCGAAGCAAUUGGUUUUCUUAGGGGCCCACACCCGGAGCCUUCGACCUGAAGGUAUGAUCCACAAGGCAGUGGGGCAACGUAAGCAGAUGCAAUUCCAUGGUAGCCGGUGACCAACGGUCGGUUCAUACGCCAUUUGUCCAUUCAGGAUACUGGAGCCCAUGUGCACCAUUGGUUUGGAAUUAGGGUUUACCAACUCUCCUAGGUGGACACUCCAUGUUCACCAACCCGGUUAAAUCGCCUGACAUUCGCUUUUCGUCCUCUCAAUUUCGUAAACAACAGUAAUGCCACGAGAAUGCAGUGAGUAGGACUUACCUGGCAGAGACUAUAUACGCGUGGCCACGUGGGAGCAUUUCGAAAGGGCGAACUGACUUUCUCCACUCUCGGCCGUACCAGGGCAUUUGGGGGCUUAUCAUGGCUACUACAUUAAUUUAGAAUCCUUUGCUAUUUAUGAUGUUCGUUUCAAUUCACUGUAUUAAUGUGGUAUAACAAAUCCAGUCAGUACACAAAUGUACCAGGCUCUCUGCGUGGUUUAUGACUAAUUGAAUUUGAUUUUACAUAAAAUAUGAUGUACGUGUAAAAUCUGGCCAUAUAUCUUAACGAUAGUAGUGUUUAUGGUUUCUUUCGAAGUGUCAUUGACGUUUAUUAAACUUUGUCAUUUAUAUGUAACCCGUGUUAGUUUGAUUUUUUUAAUUGUCCCAAUUAAUUGCAAAUAUACACAUGCAUUUGUAGACAAUCAGUCAUUAUUAAACAUUGUACAAAAUCAACGUGAUCGAUUUCGAACACGAGCUGAAGAAUUAGAACAGAAUGAAAUAAAUUUACGCCAACAGUUGAUAUCACUUCAACGUGAAGUUGAAUCAGUACGAGCUGAUAACGUUAAAUUGUACGAGAAAAUACGUUUCUUACACUCAUAUGGUAGUCCUGUAAUACAAAAUCGACAAAAUAAUUUAUCUAAUCAGCAUUCUUCAUCAUCGGUGACAACAUCAUUGUCACCAUCAUCUUGUCAAAAUCAUGAGUCAAAUGAUGCAACUAUCAUUAAAUAUUCACAUGUUUAUGAAGCUCAGUUAAAUCCUUUCAAUCAAUUUAGUCGAUAUGAGAAACAACGAGUGUAUAAAAAGUUACAACCAUAUGAAAAACUGAUGUUACAUUUGGUAUGUUGGUUUUAUUUGUCUUUCUUUCAUAGUUUACAUUAUGGAUCUGGUCUUAGUUUGUAGACAAUCAUUGAAAAAAAUUCACUGGAUAGUAGUUGUUUUAUCCUAGUAGAAGGACUCUAGCAGUGCUUACUUGUCAAGGAUUGAAACCAUGACUUUCAGGUCCACAGUGAAUAUUAUUCAGCGAUAUCCAUUUUUCUGUGGCAUUUCAACUGAGAUCAGUCUGAUAAAUACAACGUACAAAUGAAUAAAUGUGUUUUUUUUAAUGUGAUGUAUAUAUAUUUUAGGCACUUUUUGAACAGUACUUGUUUUACAAUGUUUCUGUUAUUCCUUUUUUGUUGUUGUUUUUCCAAUAGGGACGUUUUGUUAGUUCCGAUCGUAGACUUCGCUUGGGUGUAUUUUUGUAUGCAAUAUUUUUACAUUUAUUCAUAUUUAUUGCACUGUAUAAAGCAGCUCAUUUCCAGCAUAGUGCUUUAGAAACUGAAGCUAAUUGUCAUUCUCGCUUUGAAAAACAUAUGCAAGAAGUUCAUAAUCAGGGUGGUGGGAAUCUAUAACACACGUCAUACUUCAAUUAUUACCUUUUUUUCCUCUUUUUUUUUAUUACCUUCAAGUGUAACACUAUUCUGUGAAUAUAAAGCCAACAUAAACAAUGUGGUUAUAUUCAUUAUGUGAUAUUGAGUUCCUUUUUUUUAAUGAAAAAUGUCCACAUGUUUUGUGUGUGCGUGUGUAUAUUGAAGGGGGGGGGAACUUAACAAAGUUAAUUUAAUUUUAGAAAAUUUAUUUUGCAUUAGAAUUGUACUUUAUUUGAUGAAACUUUUUUGUUAAAAAUAAAACUGAUUUACACUUGAUUUUUUUCUGAGUAUACAAGAUUCUUUUUUAAGGGGAAAAUAAUUAAACUCAAUUGGCUUUUAUUAUAUUGUUAAAAGUAAAUGAUUUAAAAAGAAAAUAGAUUUAUAGUAGCCAUAUUGGAACUUGGUCGAUAGCAGUCGAUCUGUACUAAGUAGGACUUGACACACAUGGCAUUGAUCACCACCCAAUGAUCAAUCAAUUGUGAUUACAUCUCAAUUCUACAGGAGGUCGGUCGCGGACCGGAUAGCCCAGUGGUAACGUCUCUGAUUGUGAAGCUGGGUGUCACAGGAUCGAGUCUGUCAGGGAGCACCAGUUCCAACAAGAUCACAGGUACACCUUGCUGACGAGUGCCAAGUAGUACGAAACCUGGGUCCAGGGUUUCCUGUUGACUACCUCCAAUCACCAUCUAGUCUCAACAUAGUGC